CUCGUCCGCUUUGUACAGGACAAUCAUUGACCAAUCCGAACCACAAAGUUUCUGUGCAAGUCCGUUUUAUUUCUCGAUUGAGGCAGUUUGCUCGGUUUGCCUGUGGGGGGCGCUGGCAGUGUUCAGCGCAACAGGCGUUACCUUAUACACCACAUUCAGCCCGAAUCGAGCUAUUAAGUCAAUUUAAAGAGCAAAAGGGGGAGUUCCUCAAGUCACCACUAUCCGUCAGGUUCCCCCGCUGUGGGCCAGAGAGUGCUGAAAAUGAGCGGCAGGAAGAGUGGCGCUCCCUUGUUGUGGCUCGCCGUGUGCUUCGGGAGCGCGCUCGAGGCCGUGGCGUUGGGCUCGCGCGCGGUGUGGCGAAACGGCUCGGCGGUGCUCGUGCCGGACUACAUGCUCAAUCUGUACAGGACGCAGUCACAGCUCGAGCGCACAAGCAACUACGGGAGCGCGACGCGCGCGAGGAGACGCGCCAACACAGUCACCAGCUUCGUGGACCAGAGCAAAGAUGAGCCAUCAGCUGAGUCCCACCAGCAGUACAUAUUUGACCUUUCGGGUCUCUCAAGGACUGAAGAACUAGUGGAGGCUGAGCUGCGGGUGUUGCGGAAGCUGCCGUCUGACUUGGAGAAAUUACGGUCCUCUGCAGGAAACCUGUACCACCUACGCCUUUACAGCUGCUUCUCUCGGGGCUCAUCAGGCAAGCCUCGACUACUCGCUUCUAGGACCAUCAACAUUCUGGAUACCAUCUUGAGCACUUGGGAUGUCUUUAACAUUGGGACUACUCUAAAAGCCCACCACAGGGUGAACAGGACAACUCAAGACAACAGUUAUGUAUGUUUCAGAAUAGCUGUUGUUUCAGACUUAACAAAAGAGCUGAUUUCCCCUUCUUUAGUUGGUUUGGGUUUGGAGGGACAGCAGAAGAAUGAAAGGGCUUUGCUUGUAGCCUUUUCCCGCACUCGCAGGAAAGAGAAUCUCUUCAGAGAGAUCCGUGAGAAGAUGAAAGCCAUGCACAUGUUUGAGGGUCGUGGACCCAGGCGCCGCCAAAAGAGGAGAACUGCCUUAGCAGGCCGUGCUGGUGGAGCAGGGACAGCAGGUGGGGGUGGAGCCAUUGGGGGAGGUGGAACAGGCGGAGGGGGCAAAGGAGGUGGCAGACGGAGGACUCGCUGCAGCCGCAAACCUCUCCAUGUGAACUUUAAAGAGCUGGGAUGGGAUGACUGGAUCAUUGCACCACUGGACUACGAUGCGUACCACUGCGAAGGUGCAUGUGACUUCCCACUCCGCUCGCACCUUGAACCCACCAACCACGCCAUCAUCCAGACGCUCAUGAACUCAAUGGAUCCAGAGUCAACACCGCCGAGUUGCUGUGUGCCUUCCAAGCUCAGCCCUAUAAGCAUCCUAUAUAUUGACGCUGGGAAUAACGUGGUGUAUAAGCAGUAUGAGGACAUGGUGGUAGAGAGCUGUGGCUGCAGGUAGCAGCAUGAAAAUGGGCUGGACUACAGCCCUUGAUUCCAAACCUACAAAAGAGCCCCAAUGCAGCACUGCCAGCCUCACAGAAAUGAAUGAGCCUUAGUGCCAAAAAUAUUUUAGCAAUCACUACCAUGGAUAAGCAUGUGUGCACAUGCAUGUGGUGGAGUGGACAUAGGAGGUUAUGCUCAUAGGCAUUUUGAACAGUGUCUGUCAAAUGGGUAGAAAAACCAAUGGGUACAACAUACUAAACAGCCCUUUUUUUGCAAGAUACUAAAUUCUCCAACAAACACCUCCUUGAUCAGGAAAAAAGUAAGAGCAGAAAUUCCAGAAAUAACACUGUAUCCUGAUAAUGUAAACGGAAUGAUAGAGCACUCAAGUAUACUUCCAGUGACUGAGAAAAUGUUGAACUGUUCUGAAUUCCCAAGACUGUCAGAGAUUCCAUGAAAGUCUAAGAGCAGAAGUGCUUUGCUUGACAGUCAGCUUAAACUGAAAAGAACAUUCAUAAGAAUUUUAUAGAAGAUUUAAAAAUAUAAAUAUGAGAAAGAAAAAGUGACCUUAAUCAGUGGCAGCAAUGCUUGCCUGAAUGUUGGAGGUUUGGACUUUUUCUGUAAAGCGCAAUGUGUUAUUCCAGUUGGAGCUCGAGUUGUUUUUAUAAUCAAGAGACUCAUAGGGUGAUUUAUUGUGUAUGACAGUUCUGAAUUUUAUAUCAAGGUAACCCACACACAGCUGAUGCUCCCAAGAGGUGACAUCUCGCUUCCUUUUCUCAGCAUAAUAGACAGUGUUUGACUGGCCCACAAAAGGAAACUCACAAACCAUACAUUGCUAAGAACCUCAGUCAUUAUUUGUUUCAAUCAAACGGCUAAUCAUGCCAAGUUUUUUAAGAAUUGUGUUUAACUAAGCUCAUUACAAAAGAAAUAAGCAUUGUGGACAGCCUACUUGGCAUCUGCAGGACUAGAUACAAUAACUGUGUUAUUCAUGAUGUCUACAUGUGUAAGAGGUAAAUGACUUCACUGAACCUCAGAACCUGGGAAAGAGGUUAGAAAGCCAAAGUCAAACUGAUUCUUGGCAUAGUGCACUUGUGUGUGACAACCCUCUUGUCAGGUCAAACUGCAUGUGUAGGUUGGUUUGCUUUUCCUUGUCUCUGCUGUCCUUAUGUUCAUUUCAUUUUAGAAUAAACAUUCCCAUCAAGCACAUUCUCCUGAAUUCAGCCUCACAUUGUACACCUGUUAAGGGACAUAAGACAAUGAGUGUAAACUCUGGGGAAGGAAAAGACAACCUGGAAUCACGCCAGGAGAACUAGCCUGUUUAAACUCGAUUCACAUCAUUCAAGAAUAAAUAUCGUAAGCCAUAUAUAACUUUAAACCAUUUUUUUUUCAUUAUCCAAAAAUAUACACACUGGAAUGUAGCGAAACAUAAAUAAAACAUUAUAAAAAAAUGGUGCCAUUAUAUAAACUGCAGUAUUUUUGCAAAAUAGACAGACAGAAAAGCUGCAACCAUCAAACCACCGCUGUGCCUUAUACGAAUAGCAGGACUGAGUGAGCUCAGCUCUGCACGUCAAGUCUGCCGGGUUCGGUAACAUGCUUGUCUUAUCCCAAUUUAUUUCAGUAAAGACAAUCCAUUUUGUCGGAAAAAAUCAGAGCAUUGUGAGCUGUAAAUAUACCUGCAUGAGCAUAUAUGUAUAAUAUGAAUCAUCUUUUGGCCAGUUCAUAAAAAAGGUGACAUCCUAAAUCUAGACUGACAAUAAUAAUAAUAAUAAUAAUAAUAAUAAUAAUAAUAAUAAUAAUAAUAAUAAUAAUAACUCCCAUUUACAUAUUGUUACAUAUUAUUAAAUAUUUACAUUUUAUUAAAAACAUUUUCAACAAGGUAAUUAAAUAAAAAAAGACUAUAAUACCGGUUAAAAAAAACAACAACAAUAAAUAAUAUAUAUUUUACAUUUUAAAAUAAAAAUAAGUAUUAGAGCAAAAAUAAAAGAAACAAAAUAAUGCAAAAAUAAUGAAAAAUCUACAACAAAAUAUUUUGAGCUGUUAACUAAUUAUGCCUUUUUUUUUUUUUUUUUUUUUUUUUUUUUACAAUCACUGUAAGUGAUACAGCCUUGUCUGUCAAACAUCAUUAUAAAAGUUUCUUUUACCACAAAAUAGCAGUUUAUAUCAUUAAAAUGAACAUUGUUCUCUGUAAUAUCUGAAAGUUAUAAGAUAAAGGAGAAGAUUUACUCAUAAUUGCCUUUGGACUUGUGCUUUGCUUUUGUCAUGUCAACAGCGUUAAGCACCAAGCUGUCCCAAAUUUGCAGUACAAUGUGAAUGCUGACUUAUUUCAGGAGCAUGGUGGAAGUCAAACUUAAAGCUGCAAGAAUUAUGUUUUUGUGCCUUGGCAUUUUAACUUAAAAGCCUUUAGAGACAUUUCGAGGAGUAGGUAUUUCAGCCGGCCAAGUGCUUUCAGACACUGAAUGUAAAUCCUACAGCAUUGCUAUGCUUCGACUGAGGGCUUUGGCAACCUUGCUAUAUACAUCAAUGCUAGACUAUGUUCACGUCGUAAGAAUCGGACAUCUGUUUUACUUUACCGUCCCCGGUUUAUAGCGUGUUGGUUUUAAAUAUGAGAUGGAAGAGUAAAACGGUGUUUAUACUAAUUUGAAAGUACUAGCCUUAAUUUUAGUGCAUUUAUUAUGUUCUCUCGAGUCCCGGCAUAUUUGUGAGCUGUAAAAAUAUAACGAGAAAGUAUAAUGAAAUCGAUCAUUAUACAAAACAGAACAGAAAUGCAGUAUAUGUCCUUUGACUGUCUACAGAUGUCUUAAAUGCAGAAACCAUAUUGGAGUAUUGUCAUUGCACUAUGUGCGAGUUUUUGUGUAACAUACAUGGGAUUGUAUAUAAUUAAACUAUAAAUUAUCUGUAAACAGCUAUGCAUUUUUUCAUCAUUUGGAAAUAUUGUUUAGUGGUAUAUAUAAAAUAUAUAAUAUACAUAUAAAUACCUGUAUGUUUCAAACCCAAAAUUAAGCACACAUUGUAGCCUUUUCUUUUCUUUUCUUUUACCCCCCUUUUUUUGUACUAUGCCAUUUCUGUACAGAUGACUUUAUUAAAGCAAAGAGUUUAUUAAUAAGGAAGAUAAAAUGGACUCUCAGCAAUUCUUUGCCAGACAUUCAAAUAAAAGUAAACUCUUACUAAAAGUGUGUCCCACCCUUGGUUUCAGACGUAUUAUUGCGUUUGUGUUUUGCUCUGGUUUUUGCCUGAAAAAUACUACGAAUAUUUCAGGUGAUUUAGAUUUUAAAACGGCAGAAAGAAAGGGAGGAGAGACUGUUGCCCAGUGCAGGCAGAGAAGUCAUAAUAUAUAACGUGAGUACUUUAAUGCCUGUGUGUGUAUGUGGGUGUGUAUGUGGUGCACAUUAAAAGUUUUAUUAAAUUUGUUGACUUCAUGGCUUUACACAGAGUUCAGGGCCUCAGAAGUGAUGACGUAAUAGCACAUUUGUCUUGUGAUGUUUUCUCAAAAAUAGUGAAAGAGACAUCUUUAGUUUACUCCAGCUGUUGAUUAUAUAUAUUUUUUCAACUCAGUGUGUCUCAACAAUAAAUUUGAUGUGCUGCAUUUAUGCAUUUAUUUUUAAAUCUAUGUCCACACAAUUUAGUUGUGAUCAUACAAAUGUAACUUUUUAUAUAAAGUACACAUUUGUAACGAUUAUUUGGGAAUUAUUGUG